CUGCGCAUUCAUGUGUGUGAUCAGCAAACCCGCGUUGUCGUCCUGUUUGCGCAUAUUACUAAUGCUCUCAAAUAACAAAAAACAUAUUGCGCCAUUGACUUUGGACUUUAGACCAGGUUUUUGUUGGUCAAUGGCGUAGUCUAUUUUAGUUUCCUCAAAAUAGCAACGCGCCAACAAUGCGCCAGAACACACCUCGUUUUCAAACCAGAACGCCCAUGGGCGCAAAAGGGGGCGCAAAUGCAUUUGCUAUUUAAACAACGUGGCACUAAACGUGAAAAUGAUAAUUGCGCAGGGUGGAAACUAGCAAAAGACAUUGCGUCGCGCAUUGCGCUGCAUUGCGCCUUGUGUAAGAUAGAGCCUAUACAGAAGGCAAAACUUUAAAGGGAUAUUUCACCCAAAAAUGAAAAUUCUAACAACAUUUUCUCCCUCUCAUGUUGUUAAAAACCUGUAUAAAUUUCUUUGUUCUGAUGAAGACGAAGGAAGAUAUUUUGAGGAAUGUUUGUAACCAAUCAUGAGCCCCAUUCACUUCAGGAAAAAAUAUAUUAUGGGAGUGAUGGGGCUCAUGAAAUGUUUGGUUACAAACAUUACUCAAAUUAUCUUCCUUUGUGUUCAUAAGAACAAUGGCACGUCUCUUUGCAAUCAGAUAUUUUAAAAAAACCUACCUCUAAGAAUAUCCAUACAAAGGUGUGAUGUCUGCCUCAGUCCACCCGGCACUGUAAAAAGUUGGAUCAACUUAAAAAUUACUGGUAACGUAAAAAUAUUUUCUUCAACUUAAAAUUUUACUGUAGUUUUACAUUAGGUGAAAAAUGUAAGUUAAUCCAACUUUUCACUUGUUACAUUGUGAUAUGACCAACGCCAUCUCACAAGAAUUUGUACAUAUUUUACGAGUUUAGUAAUAUAAAAAAUAGUAAUUAUUAAUUCAUACUCCUGUGACGUUGGGGUUAGGCGCGGCCGGGGUUCGGUUUCAUUUUUCAUGAGAAUCGUACAAUUUUGCACAAUUAACUUUGUAUAAAUUGAUACGAAUUAGCCAACUUGUAAAAUAUGUACAAAUAUGUAAAAUAUGUACAAAAAAUAUAAGAGCAUGUCAGAACCUCUGCCAGUGUCCGAAAAUGGUCAGAACCCAGAUGGUUUAAAACCAACAAUUUUUUUAGAUAAAGCUAUUGAAGGGAUACAUUGGAUUAUCUUUUUUCUCCAACAGAUCGUCAGCUUCACUGAUCAUAUACAUUGAUGUCAUAAAGAAUUGGAGCCAUGCUUACUCUUCUGCUGAUCAUGGCAAUGUUUGGCCAAGGCCAGUCAUUGGUGUUGUAUGGUAACGAAUUCAUCACAGCAUUUCCAGAUAACGUUGCCUCCUUCUAUCCAUAUGUUUCGAGAAAUUCUCUCAACGUUACAGCUCUCUAUAAUGACACAGAAGUUAUUGUCUACUACCAAGGCAGCCCUUUAUACGACAUUAUAAUGUUUCAAGGACAGACCCAGAAUUUUACUCUGCCUUGGGAUGUUGAGGAAUCUAAACUCAACCAAUCCCUGAAGACCGUCAGAGUUGUCAGCUCCAGAUCCAUUGUUGUAAUGUCAAUAAGUGUGAAAGGAGAUAGCAUGCAGACCAAUGUCCUUUGGCCUUACAGAAGUCUUGGAUGGACUUAUUCUAUUCCCAUUCUAAGUUAUAGUGGAAUUCUUUCUACGUUCUAUCAAGAUCCACAAUAUGUCAGCGAGAGAUACAAAUUCUUCAGGCUGCUCGUUAUCAAUGCGGUGGGUUCCACAAAUAAUAUCACAAUUAUACGGAAAACACAACACAGCGAGACGGUUGAACUCCAACCCUGGGCCUUUCUCCAGCUUCAGCUCAAUGAUUCAGAAAUCGCAGUAGAGGGUAGUUAUAAAGUGGCUGUGAUACUGGCCCACCCGUGUAUGGAAGUGACAAAAUGCCAUUGCAACAUGGUGGUGAACCAACUUAGUCCUGACGGGUGGUGGGGUAACAAUUUUGUUGUGCCCUACAUAAACAACAUGACAUGGAUGCAUGCGACUGAAAGCUGUUAUUGGCCUCACAGUACACAAGCAGCCGGUACGCUGGAUCCUAUCAAGUCAGGAGGCCAACACAUCACCACAACAUAUCCAUCCUCUCUCAGGUUUAUCAGCCCAGGCAUCAUCAUAGAAGUCAUUCCAGAACAUUUAUUCUCUGCCUGCUACCUAGUGCACUUCGGCUUGACAUAUGGCAUGGUGUUGGUGAUAGCUAAAACAGCCUUAAAGUCAGAUGUGUAUAUAGACAGUAAGUUACUGGUAUCUAAUAAUUGGGUCACCAUUGCCGAUACUGAAUAUUCUGUGGCGUCAGUGUCUCUCAAUGACAGACACGUCAUUUGGCAUCCUACCUCAAAAAUCGCAGUGUACUCGUUUCGUCAGAUGGCCAGUGGAACUCAAUAUGGAGUCCCGGCUGUACCGUUGAGUGACAAUCCAGACCCCGCUGGCUGUUUAUUUUCCCCCGCUGCAUUUACAGUCGUAUCUCAACCCAUGAGUUGGACCGAAUCCUACGAGUACUGUUCAACCUAUAGUGACGAGCUGGCCACUCCAUCCACUGAGAUAUCUCACAUGGCGCUGGCUAAUUUUCUGGCAACCGCAGAAAGUAAUGAGUACUGGAUCGGGCUGCGACGCAGUCUGUUUACAUUGGAUUGGUACUGGCAGGAUGGAAACCAUAGUGUAGACUUCAGUUACAUGCAGUGGAGUAGCGGACAACCAGGAGAUCCUACGAUGGGCAUGUGUGCUUCAAUAUUUUCAAAUAUGACUUGGAAUAGUGUGUCCUGCUGUAAUACGUUCAUGCCGAUCUGCUACAACAGACCUGAUUACUUUCCUAUGCAAAAAGGUUUCUUCGUUUCUGCUGUAAACUAAAAUAUCAGUGAAGAAGACAACAGUGGAUGUCAGAAAAUUCCAGUAAAAAAAUACAGUGAUGUUACAAGAUGACAUUUAAACUUGUAGCUUGUCGUUCAAUGAUACAUUGAUCUACCCAUAACUCUUUGUACUAGAGUAAACAGAUGUGAAAUUACAUACCUGUAGGUAGCUGUGGAGUUGUUUUUGACCUAU